AUGAAGGCUGCCUACACCGCCUAUCGAUGCCUCACCAAAGACCUAGAAGGCUGCGCCAUGAACCCGGAGCUGACAAUGGAAAGUCUGGGCACUUUGCACGGGCCGGCCGGCGGCGGCAGCGGUGGGGGCGGCGGCGGGGGCGGCGGGGGCGGCGGCGGGGGCCCGGGCCAUGAGCAGGAGCUGCUGGCCAGCACCAGCCCUCACCACGCGGGCCGCGGCGCCGCUGGCUCGCUGCGGGGCCCGCCGCCGCCGCCGCUGCCGCCGCCAACGGCGCACCAGGAGCUGGGCACGGCGGCAGCGGCGGCAGCAGCGGCGUCGCGCUCGGCCAUGGUCACUAGCAUGGCCUCGAUCCUGGACGGCGGCGACUACCGGCCCGAGCUCUCCAUCCCGCUCCAUCAUGCCAUGAGCAUGUCCUGCGACUCGUCCCCGCCCGGCAUGGGCAUGAGCAACACCUACACCACGCUGACGCCUCUCCAGCCGCUGCCGCCCAUCUCCACCGUGUCGGACAAGUUCCACCACCCGCACCCGCACCCUCACCACCACCACCACCACCACCACCACCACCACCAGCGCCUGUCGGGCAACGUCAGCGGCAGCUUCACCCUCAUGCGCGACGAGCGAGGGCUCCCGACCAUGAACAACCUCUACAGCCCCUACAAGGAGAUGCCCGGCAUGAGCCAGAGCCUGUCCCCGCUGGCCGCCACGCCGCUGGGCAACGGGCUGGGCGGCCUCCACAACGCGCAGCAGAGCCUGCCCAGCUACGGGCCCCCGGGCCACGACAAAAUGCUCAGCCCCAACUUCGACGCGCACCACACUGCCAUGCUGACCCGCGGUGAGCAACACCUGUCCCGCGGUCUGGGCACCCCGCCCGCGGCCAUGAUGUCUCACCUCAACGGCCUACACCACCCGGGCCACGCUCAGUCCCAUGGGCCGGUGCUGGCGCCUAGCCGUGAGAGGCCACCCUCGUCCUCUUCGGGAUCGCAGGUGGCCACAUCAGGCCAGCUGGAGGAGAUCAACACCAAAGAGGUGGCCCAGCGCAUCACCGCCGAACUGAAGCGCUACAGCAUCCCACAGGCGAUCUUCGCGCAGAGGGUGUUGUGCCGGUCUCAGGGGACUCUCUCCGACCUGCUCCGGAACCCCAAACCGUGGAGUAAACUCAAAUCUGGCAGGGAGACCUUCCGCAGGAUGUGGAAGUGGCUGCAGGAGCCCGAGUUCCAGCGCAUGUCUGCCUUACGCCUGGCAGCGUGCAAACGCAAAGAGCAAGAACCAAACAAAGACAGGAACAAUUCCCAGAAGAAAUCCCGCCUGGUGUUCACCGACCUCCAACGCCGAACACUCUUCGCCAUCUUCAAGGAGAACAAACGCCCAUCCAAGGAGAUGCAGAUCACCAUUUCCCAGCAGCUGGGCCUGGAGCUUACGACCGUCAGCAACUUCUUCAUGAAUGCCCGGCGCCGCAGCCUGGAGAAGUGGCAGGACGAUCUGAGCACAGGGGGCCCCUCGUCCGCCUCCGGCACCUGUACCAAAGCGUGA